AUGCCAAGAGCUCCAAGAACUUACUCUAAGACUUACUCUACUCCAAAGAGACCUUACGAAUCUUCUCGUUUGGACGCUGAAUUGAAGUUGGCCGGUGAAUUCGGUUUGAAGAACAAGAAAGAAAUUUACAGAAUUUCUUUCCAAUUAUCUAAGAUUCGUCGUGCUGCUAGAGACUUGUUGACUAGAGACGAAAAGGACCCAAAGAGAUUGUUCGAAGGUAAUGCCUUGAUCAGAAGAUUGGUUAGAGUUGGUGUCUUGUCCGAAGACAAGAAGAAGUUGGAUUAUGUUUUGGCUUUGAAGGUUGAAGAUUUCUUGGAAAGAAGAUUGCAAACUCAAGUCUACAAGUUGGGUUUGGCCAAGUCUGUCCACCACGCAAGAGUCUUGAUCACCCAAAGACACAUUGCUGUUGGUAAGCAAAUCGUCAACAUUCCAUCUUUCAUGGUCAGAUUGGACUCUGAAAAGCACAUUGACUUCGCUCCAACCUCUCCAUUCGGUGGUGCUAGACCAGGUAGAGUUGCUAGAAGAAAUGCUGCUAGAAAGGCUGAAGCUUCCGGUGAAGCUGCUGAAGAAGCCGAAGACGAAGAAUAA